UAAAGAUACCACGGAGAUGAAAGCAAUCAACACAGCCAGCAUUCAAGUGUUUGAUUUCAGCCAGAGAUCUCUGUCCCACCUCUAAAUAUCUUCAGUCCAUCUGUGGCCAUAUUCCCAGCCAGGGCACUCAGUCCCUCCCCCAAGCCCUGACAUUUGCUCCACCCUCUCCAUACACUUUGUCUUUAUGGAGGACUAUGAUGUGGACAUGGAUGAGGAAGAGGAGGGAGAGGUGUUCGUGAGAAAGGCCGACACAGGCCACUGGUGGGAGGACUGUGGAGACAGUGACACACAGCACCAGAGAGGAGGGAGAGGCUGCAUGGUGAACAGCCGCAGUUGGGCCGAGGAGCUCCAGGAUAUCUUCGCACCACAGGCAGAGGACUGUUACAGUGGAGGGCAAACCAGACGGACCAGCAUCUCUGCCCAGAGGAAUGAGAGAGAGUCCAUCAGGCAGAAACUUGCCCUUGGCAGUUUCUAUGACGACGAGCCAGUCAUCUACACCAGCUGCAGCAAGAACGGCCCGUCCUCCCGACUGCAGAGUGGGGUGAACCUGCAGGUGUGUUUUGUCAAUGACAGCAGCAGUGACAAAGACAGCGAUGCUGAGGACAGCAGGACAGAGACCAGUCUGGACACACCGUUGUCCCCUGUGAGCAAGCAGAGCUCAUCGUUAUCGGACCGGGACACGGCGGAGGAGGACUCGGACCCGUUAGAUGACUGCGGGGGGUUCUGGCGGGUGCAGCGGAGGCUGCAGGAGGAGGCCCGGGUGGCGCUGGCUCUGGCUCGACCCAUGGCUCGUAUGCAGGUGGAGGUGGAGAGGCAAAUCCAACUGCACAGACGUUCACCUGUGGCUGACCUGCUUCCCCAUCUGCCCCACAUCAGCGAGGGCUUGAUGAAGAGGAAUCUGAGGCGAGGAGACAUGAGGGACAUGAGUCUCGGACAGCUGCAAGUCAUCACAAAUGACUUACACUCACAGAUUCAGAGUCUAAAUGAGGAGCUGGUGCAGUUGCUGCUGAUGAGGGACGAGUUGCACGUGGAGCAGGACGCCAUGCUGGUGGACAUCGAGGACCUCACCAGGCACGCCCACACCCAUCAGCGGCACCAAGCAGAGAAAGCGAUCUCUAAAUAAACACCUCGUCUACACGUGUCUGUCUGCACGCCAUCUUACCUCCCGCUCCAUAGAUUGUCACCAGUGUUACUAACGAAACUCCAUCUGUGCUGACUGUUUCUGGAAAAAUAAACCAUAAUGUUAACACACACACAGACAUCCCACAUAAUGUAUUCCUUCACAGGACGAUGUCGAAGGACAGGAGGACGUCUGAAAGAAGAUGGGCGAUCACUACUUUCUGUAUGACACAGUUGAGUUUGUCCAGGCUUUUCACUUCCACUCAGCGUGAUUAAUCAUGCCAUGUUUUAUAGAAUUAGGGGAAUCCUCUCAAUGUAAUUGCAUCCCCUGAUUUACCUCUUCAUGAUUUUGCACGGUACACUCAUGUAUGUUAAUGCUGGGUCGGAGAGAGCACCUGCACGCCUUGUUUCUCCCUCGUCUCAGACAGGAUGUCGAGUUCCAGGUGCCACACCUGACUUAACUUUGUCUUUUGUUUGUCUCUAUAAUAAUCAAGACGGUUGAUCGGUUGAUCUGUAGACAUAGUCCGUUUACCUGUUUAUCAUUACUUUCACUAAGAGCACUGUGUCAUCACUGGAAUUCACUAUUAAACAUCUACUAUCUAAGCUGUUGCAAUAGAAAAUGAUAAAACACUCUGUGCUGAUUUUGCAGCUUAGCUUCUCGGUGGUGUUUUAAUGCUGCUGCAUUGUAAUUCGAUCGCUGCUACAGUUUCCACCUGCUUUAAAGAUGCAUUUAGAGCUGUACUGUACAACAUUUUGAACUAUAGAAUUCAAAUUUGUAAAUGUCAAAUGCCUUUAUCUCUUCAAUAGAUUAAAUUACAAUAUAUGGGUUUAAAAAAAUGUAUAUUGGUUAAUACAUAGGGAUAGAAAAAGCAAAAGUGGAGGCAUGACAGCCCCCAAAUUAAAAUAUACUGUCAGUUUUGUUAUGCUAAAUUUACCAAUGGCAAAAAAGGGAAAACAUACAAAACAAAUAUAUGAAGAAAACAACCUAAACAUAUAUCUAUUUUAUCUGCUCAGAGGGUUUAUGGACAUACUGUAUGUAAAUGUUAAAAGAUACUUUAUUAAAAGGAUGAAGAACAUGCCUUGUUGUCUGGCUGUGUUUAAAUGUUUUCACUCUCAGCUUUUUAAGAAUGUUAUAAAACACAAAGUCAAAUUUUCCUUUUCUAUUGUAUGCUUCACUGAUAAUUGUACUGUAUAAUGAUUGUAAAAAAAAAAAACAAAAAAAAAAAACAACUCCAGUAAUAAAUGUUUCAAGUGU